AUGGCUGACGAGGAGAUCGUGCGGUCCUACGCGCGGGACGUGCUUGGCAUGAAGGACGACGAGCUCGACGAGUACCUCUGGCUCGCCGAGGAGUCGAUGCGCGCGCCCAUGCCGCCCGGCUGGGAGCAGUUCGAGGACGAGGCCCGCGGCAAGCCCUACUACGUCAACGCGACGACGGGCGUGACCCAGUGGGACCACCCAUCCGACGAGUGCUACCGCGAGAACUUCGCGCGCCUCAAGGAGAGCGCCAAGGGCCGGCCGUCGUCCGCGCGGAAGUCGUACCAGGGCAAGAGCCGGCAGCGCGCGCGCGACCGCGCGGGCGACCGCGACCGCGCGGGCGACCGCGGCCGCGACGACCGGGACCGCGACGCGCGCGGCAACCCCAUCCCGCGGCGGCCGCCGGGCUACCGCGAGCCGUCGCCCGACGCGCCGCCGGGCCGCGGCGGCGACAAGAGCCCCGGCCGCGGCGGCGAGCGCCGCGGGCCCGGCGGCGGCGGGAACCGCGUCACCGUCGUCCGCGGCGGCGGCGCCGGCGCCGGCGGCCGCGAGACUCGCGACGACCGCGGCGGCGACCGGGACCGCGACGACCGCGACCGCGCGAGCCCGAAGCGGCGCCCGUACGGCGACCGCGCGGGCGACGGCGACGGCGGCGGCGGCGGCGGCUACGGCGACGACGCGCCGCGCCGCGCGGGCAGCCCCGGCCGCGCGCGGGGCUACGCCGGCCCCGCGCGCCGCGGCGAGGGCGACGACGACGACGAGGGCCGCGGCCGGCGCGGCUACGGCGCGCGGCGCGACGGCAGCGACGACGACGGCGGCCGGUCGCCGGGCCGGGGCUACGGCGCGCGGCGCGGCGACGACGCGCCGCGGCCCCGCGACGGCGCGGGCGCCGCCGGCAACGCCGCGCCGAACGCGGCGCCGCGGGCCAAGGGCGGCGCCGUGACCGCCCGCGAGGCGGCGCUGGAGGCGGAGAAGCGCGCCCUCGGCGAGCAGGUCGCGCGCCUCGUGGCCGCGGCCAAGUCCCGGGAGGCCGCCGAGUCCGGCAACGCCGGCGCGCUCGAGGCGUCGCGCGCGGAGCUCAAGCGCCACGCGGCCGCCGCCGCCGCCGCCGAGGAGCGCGCGCGCGGCGCCGAGGCGCGCGCCGAGGCCGCCGCGAGCGACGCGGCGACGGCCACGGCCGCCGCCGAGGCGUCGCGCGCGUCCGCGGCCGCCGCGACGGCCGACGCCGACGCCCUGCGCGCGGACCGCGCCAAGCUCGAGACGCGCGCCGCGGCCGCCGAGGCGACGAGCGCCGCCGCGGGCGACGCGGCGUCCCGCGCCGAGGCGCUCGAGGCGAAGCUCGCCGACGCCGAGGCCCGGCUCGGCGCCCUCGCGACGGACCGCGACGCCCAGGGCAGGAAAAGGGUGCGAAAUUCCCAACUUCAAAGGCUCCUAUCUCGGCCGUUUUCCACUCGCGACGCCGUCGCCGCGGAACUGCGAGAGGUCGCGCUCGACCGCGACGGCCUCCGCGGCGACAAGGCCGCCGGCGAGCAGGCCGCGGACCGCACCGCGGCGAAGCUCCGGGCGACGACGUCGUCCCUGCGCCAGCUCCAGCACAAGGAGCGGGCCAUGACGCGCGAGCUCGACCGGCUGCGCGACGAGGCCGCGUCGCGGCGCGCGCGCGACUACGACUCGACCAUGGAGGCGUCCCUGGCGCGGAGCGAGCUCGAGACGGCCCAGAAGCGCCAGGCCGAGGCGGCCCAGGCGCUCCUCGACGCGGAGCGCGGCGGCGAGGAGGCCAAGUUCGCCUUCGAAAGGGACGCGCGGCGCCUCGAGGCCGCGAAAGCCGCCGCGGAGCUCGACGCGUCCGCCGCCGCGGACCGGGAGACGGUCGCGCUGGCCCAGGUCGAGGACCUGCGGACGACGCUCGCCGACGCCGAGGCCUUGCUGCGCGAGUCCCGGCACGAGAACGCGGCGCUGCGGCGGCAGGCGGACGUCGCCGCGCGGCCCGCGGAGCAGGAGAAGCUCGCGGCGCUACGCGCCCUGGACCAGGCGCGCCACGACCUCGGCGCCGCGGAGCGCGCGCGGGAGAACGCCGCGCGCGUCCACGAGGCGCAGGCGCAGGCGCGCGCCGCGGAGACGGCCGCGGAGAUGCAGCGCGUCGCGACGGCCGCGGCUCGAGAGGCCGACGACGACUGGGCGCGGCGGCUCAACGACGCCGUGCGCGACGUGCGGGACCAGAGCCUGCGGCGCGACGCCCAGCAGGCCGAGGAGAUCGCGACGCUGCACCAGGCGCUCGCGGACGUCGAGGCGCGCGCGCAGCUCCACGUGGACCGCGAGCACGCGCACUUCCAGGACGCGCGCCUCGACGCCGACGCGCGCGCCGACGAGAACGGGAAGCUGCGGGCAGCGGUCGACGAGCUGCAGGGGCGCCUCGACGGCGCUUUGCGCGCGCUCGCGGCCUUGGAGGACGACGAGCGGCGGCGGACGGAGCGGCGCGCGGCCGAGCCGUCGCCCUACGACGCCCUCGCGACGCGCCUCGAGGCCAUGCGCCGCGACGUGUCGAGCGCCAACGAGCUCCGGGACUACGCGGCGACGCCCGCGCCGCCGUUCUCCGGUGCGUCGGGCCGGCCGUCGGGCCCGUUCUCCGGCCAGCCCUUCUCCGGCCAGCCGUCCGGCCCGUUUCCCGCGCCGCCGGCCGCCGCGCCGCCGCAAGCGCAGCCCCUCGAGCCGCGGCGGAGCGUGCCGCCGACGAUCACGGAGAACGCGCGCUACUCGCCGCGCGGCGACGACGCGACGGCCGCGUCCGAGGCCGUGUCCGUGGGCGUCGCCGCGCUCGCCGCGUCCGACGCCGACGCGCCCCGCGUGACGCGGUCCCUGGACCGCCUCCAGUACUCGCUCUCCGACGCCGACGACCUCCGGUCCGUGAACACGCGGAAUUCGCUCGCGACGCGGACGUCCGUCGACAGCGCGGCGUCCGCGCAGACGGCCUACACGCACCGCAGCCUCGAGGGGCCGGGCUUCCACCGCGGCUACUGGCAGCGCGCCUACGGCGGGAACCCCCGGGAGCUCUUCCCCAACGCGGCCGCGGCGUAA